CACUUGGAGGUGAACUUUUGCAGAGCAGAUGUUAGUCAUAUUCGAUCAACAACAAAGUCUAGUUGUUUUCUUGUGCAAUUCUAAGGUCCUAAAGCAAGAUGUCUCUACCGCGCCUGGCGCUCUUCCUCUUCUGCUUUGCCAUGACAGCAAUGACAGUUCAGUCAGAGAAACCUGGCCACUGCCCCAAGCCUCCUCCAGAUACGGUAACGAUUUGCAUAGUCAAGUGUCAAAGUGAUGCGGAUUGCCCUGAAGGAAAGAAAUGUUGCAAUUAUGGUUGCACGAGAGAUUGCUAUGCACCAGUAAAACCACACUUGAAAGCCUGUCCAACUGACCUUAAACUGGAGCCCAACUGCGACUACAAGUGUGACAAGAAACAAGAUUGCUGUCAUGAUGAAAUCUGUUGCUACAACGGCUGUGGCUUCCAGUGUGUGGCCGCGAGUGAGGGCAGAACGAAAAAAUCCUUGAGCCAAUUGCCUUUACACCAGUUUUGGGUUCCCAUCAACAUCUUCACAUUAUAUGACCGAAUAUUACCCACUAUCUACCACUGUUUUUAUAUCAUAACCACAAUUUGCUUGUAGGAUUUGGCUUCUUAUAGUAUUUCAUUACCAAUUGUAUUUUUAUCUGAUUGGAAGUUGGUGUGUAAGCAAAUGUAACACAGAGUAAAUUAUCCAUUGCAUUGUAUUGUGUGUGUGUACCGCAUUAAAGUACCAGCAAAGAA